CCAUAUAUAUAUGCACAUGUCCUAAGGCAUACACACACACACAUAUGCCUUAGGAGCCUGUGGCUAUCUGUGUGGCGUAGCCUAGUUGGCCCAAUAGUUCAACUUCAUUUGACUGUCAGGUUUUAAAAACCUGUUCAUUGGUGCUGUUUCUUAGGGUCUUAAAAUAUUUAGUUUUCUUAAUGUUUCCAAUUCAGCUAAUAAUUUACUGGUUGACAGCUAUGAGUUUGAUAGAAAUGUGGAUCAAAGAAAAAAAGUUUUUCGAAAGGACAAAAUGUGACACCGAAGGAGACAUGGAAGGCGCUAUUUUUGUGCCCCUUACAGUCAGCUUGACAUAUAUGUGUUGACACCUUCCACCCAGAUCUCUCUCCUUUACUCUGGAUGUAUAUAUUAAGCCACUCAUGGCACACUCCAUCUGCUGCUUGCACAUUUGCCUUCCACUCAAUACAUCCGGAAUUGAAUUUAUUAUCUCACUGACUUUCCUCUCUUCCUCAUCUGCCUUUUCUUCCUAUAUUCCUUAAAUGAGUGAAUGACAACAGCAUUUAACCAAGUGAAAAAGCUAAAAACUUGGGCGACGUGUUGACUUCUGUGUUGUUCUUUCUAAGCCCCAAACCAUAAUAUGAUAAUUUGCUAUCAUUCCUUGGGUACCUCCUACAUGGUAGGCUCUGUAGUAGGUACCAUCUCAUUUCAUGUUAACAACAAUCCUCUGUGCAACCUAUGAUUGUUUCAUUCUCCAGGUAAGAAAGCUGAGGCUCAGAGAAGUAAUAGCCUGCUCCAUGCACUGCUUUCAGUUUACUCAACGUGUCUCAAGGGGUUGCCGAGAGGUUUUCUUCUCUAGCUCUUCGAUUUACCCUUUCUCACCUUUCCGAUGGGAUGCAACUUAAAAUGUACUUCUUCCAGGAUCUUGGUCAUUCAAACCUUCCGCAUCCCCAUCCCCUACACCUCAUCCCCAUGAUCGUCCUUGUCACACUCCCUUUAGCUUUGUUUAAUUGUCUGCAUUCACUGUUAUACUGUGAGCCUUAUGAGAAUGAAGACUGACCUAUUUCCCUUGCCAUUAAAUCCCUAGGCGGUAGCAUACAGCCCAUAUUAAGUACUGGUUUAAUGAAUGAAUGGGAGACUAAGUGAGAAACAUAAAUUCUGUUUAUUUCUGAAUUACUGUCUAUCGCUAGCCCUUUGAUAGUUUCCCUUUUUUCUAGAACUCUUCUGUAUCCUCAGAGCUGUUCCAUCUUAGCUCUCAUGCAUUCAACUCAUUGCCAGGUUCCAGAGGCUGCUGACUUGUAGACAACAAAUCCAAGUAUUUACCAAGCUUGUUUGACAAAGCAAAAUGUUUUGCUUUUUCAUGUUCUAUCAUAAAAGCUUGGAAGAGACAUGACUUGUUUAUCCUUUCUUCAUGGCGUCAUUUUAUAGGAUUAUAUAGUGUCAGUGUUCAAGCAGAACUUAGAGACCAUUUGAUUAAAUCCCUCAGAGGAAACAGGGUCCCAAAAAGAUAAGGCAAUUUACCUGAAAUUCUGCUGCUAGCAAACAGCAGCCUAGUUCUAUUUUAUUUACGCGGCUUCUAGCAUGUUGCCUUUUUGGGGUCAGGUUAAUCUUCAUUUGGGUGGGUGGCUACACCUGAGAAACAGCACUACCGACUGGUCUCUGGAGGCACUCAAGAGGACUCUGCUGUGCCUCACUCCUUCAAGGUCUUCCAAGACUGAUUACAAGGCAGUCUCGUUAUCUGGUGUUGUAAGCUCAGAGCAGCCUGCGGCAUGACCAGUCACACACUGAACAGAACAACAGCCAAUUCUGUCACCCAUCCAAGGAUCUGUAGCUCAGCCAUGACAUCUGGGGAAAGUGUUUACAGAGUCCAGCGUGGAACUCACUGAAGCCAUGUACUCACAUCUGGAGUCUAGACAGCGUGGCUCUCUCAUUUGGGCUCACAGCCUCUUCACGCCUCCUACAGUUCUCUCUGACUCCUUCUUUACCCCAUUUUUCACUUUGCCAAAGCUUCUUCCCUCCCACCAUGUGCCUCUCUCUCUUGAUUGCUUGCUUCUUUCAUUUUUUUUCUUUCUUCAAAUCACUCUGGGCUUAAGUUUUUGCAGAUACUCCUGACAAACUUUUUAGAAACAGGGUUUCCCAACACUGAGGAGAUCACAGAGGCAUAAUGUCAUGGUAGAGGAUGUCCUAGCAGGUUCUGAUACAAGGUUUUCUGCUAACCAGCUGCAUGACCUUAAAACAUUUUUUUCACUGGGACUUGAUUUUUCUUACCUUCAAAAUGAAAAAUGUUGGACUACAUUUGUCAUAGUCCAAAUGUAUUUUUUUAAAAAACAACAAAAUCCUUUCUUCAAUCAAAAUUGUAUGAGGAACACCAUAUGGGGAAAAUAGUGAAGAAAAGCUUUUCUGGUUAACAUGUGGGAGGGGGCAGAAUAACUCUUUCACCUUCAGCCAUCCCUAUUGAAUGCUGAGAGCGAAAGAGCUCCUGGCAUGCACAAUUGGAAAAUCUUCGGCCUGGAGGAUCUUGUGAGAUCUUUUCUAUUUGGUAGGUAUGGCUGAAACAAUAAUGCUCAUCAAUAUUCUCUUUGCACCCGACAUUCCCCAUCCCCCUUGUAGCUAGGUUUUGCAAUGUAAGUCAUUUUGGCCAAGGUGGGCAGACAUGAUUUGUCAUGACUGAGUCGAGACAGUGAAAACUCAUGUGAUUCUUCGUAAGUUUUUCCCUUGCUGCAGUGACAAAAGAGGCUGCCUCUUGCAUGGGGUGUGGCUAUGAGAGGAUGAACUCUCUGUCAGCCUGGGUCCUUGAAUGACAGUAUGGAGCAGAGAUGUUUAUGGUGCUACCAUGGAUAUAUGAUAUGACUGAAAAAUAACGCUUUGUUGUGGUAAGCCACUGGGAUUUGGAGAUAAACUUGCAAACCGAAAUGAAGCCAGCCUGUGUUGAUUAUGGAGAAAGGUAAGAAGAAUAAAAUUAGGAGAACAAAAUCAAACUCUCCUUCAUGUCAGGACUUACUCAACCAUCUGUGCAUUGUGGAACUACCUCUUCCUACUGGGUUGUAUGAUGAGACUAACCAGACAGUUCCUAUACUAGUUUAUUUAAAUAAAAUCCAACUAAAUGGGAGUCUUUUUAAGAACAUAAAUAGAGAUUCUUUGAAUUUAAUUAAUCCCAAAAUCUUCCAAUCUAUAAAACAAAUUUUAAACAAAACGCUUUCCCCAAAAUGGAGUCCAUACAUUUCUACAGAAUCCUGUAACUUGGAGAUAGAAUGUUACAGCUAACAGGGCAUUUUGGAGAGGAGGACCUCAGAACAUGCUAGAACAGAGGCUGCCUUUUACUGUAAUGCAGGACUUCCUUUCUGAGGCUUUUUCUGUUCCUUCCCCAAAGGGCACUGCUAACUGAGGAUCAUUAUUAGUAAGUAUAAAACUCCAGCUCCUUGUGAAAGACAGUGUGUGAUUUCUCAAGGAUCUGGAAAUAGAAAUUCCAUUUGACCCAGCAAUCCCAUUACUGGGUAUAUACCCAAAGGAUUAUAAAUCAUUCUACUAUAAAGACACAUGUACACAUAUGUUCAUUGUGGCACUAUUUACAAUAGCAAACACUUGGAACAAACCAAAUGCCCAUUGAUGAUAGACUGGACAAGGAAAAUGUGGCACAUAUACACCAUGGAAUACUAUGCAGCCAUAAAAAAACGAUGAGUUUGUGUCCUUUACAGGGACAUGGAUGAAUCUGGAAACUGUCAUUCUCAGCAAACUGACACAGAACUGAAAACCAAACACUGAAUGUUCUCACUCAUAGGUGGGUGUUGAACAAUGAGAACACAUGGACACAGGGAGGGGAGCAUCACACUGGGAUCUGUUGGGGGGUGACUAGGAGAGGGACAGUGGGGGUGGGGAGGUUGGGGAGAGAUAAUAUACGGAGAAAUGCCAAAUAUAGGUGAUAGGAGGGUGAAGGCAGCAAACCACAUUGCCAUGUAGGUACCUAUGCAACAAUCCUGCAUGAUCUGCACAUGAAUCCCAGAACCUAAAGUACAAUUAAAAAAAAAGAAAAAAAAGACUCCAGCUCCUACCUGGGUAUUAUUGGGAAGUGGAGGUGACUCUGAGUCACAUAUUCUACAAUGAGACUUAAUCCUGCAGGAUUAAGCUCCAGAUACUCAAUGGGUUCACUGACACAGUAACACCCCCUUUACUGGCUGCCUUUCUUCCCUGUUCCACUUGUUUUCCUUACUGUUCCCCUACCACCGCCACACCCCAUGGUACCACAUAUCAAGAAACCACUGUGCAUGAAUCCUUAUCCCAGGAUUCUGGGGGUACCCAAACCAAGACAAAGCCAUUUAGCCCAAUCACUCCAUCUUGCAAAGGUCCAACCAGUCUCCUCAAGGAAAUUUCUAAAUGACAUGAAUUCUGGCAGUACACCUGCUGCCAUCUCGGCUCCAUGGCUCCAUAACUUUAGGAGUUUCAUUUACCUCUUUUCUCUUUCCAUAUUAUUUGCAAAUAUCUCUUUUUAAAAUGUUGGUGCUCCAUGAGUGUAAGACCUACAUUCUCGGUAGUUCUCAAUCAGUCUUUUCCUCUGGACGAUAAUAUCUACUCUUGUGGUGUUAAUUCCCAUCUGUAUGCUGACAAGUCCCAAACCAAUAUCUCUAGCCCAGACUUAUUUCCUGAGUUCCUUCAGUAAAUCUCUGGUUGGAUACCUCAGGGGCACUUUGAAACCCAACAUGUUCAAAGCAUAAUUUUUCACAACUCCAACCUCCCACCUAAAACCCACAAAACACUUUCUAUUUGAAUUUUCUCUGUCUUAAUAAAUGGCAACACUGGAAUCCAAGCUUUAUGAAACAAGAGACUUUUACAUGUUUUAUCUUCUGAAGUAUCCCCCAUAGAAUGGUACCUAGAAAAAGAGUAGUUAUUAAAAACUAUUUGAAUGAAUGAAUACUUGACUCCUCCAUCCUCUAUAAAAUCAACUAAAAAGUCCAAUUUAGCUCUGGCUCUGAUUAGUUGCUUGCCAAAUUUCUGUCCACCUCAUCACAGUGCAAAAAAGCAGGAAAAAUCCAAUAAUGGGAAAUAAGUUUAUCACAUCAUUAUUAGUAGCAGCUAAAUGUUGUAUUGAUAUAUAUGACUGUAGAUUGGGAAAUAAUUCAUACUCUGUGCCUAAAAAAAUGUAAAUAUUAUGGAAAAGGGAAUAAUAUGUAAUCGUGCAUUUUUCAAAGGAACACUAUUUCAAAUAUAGGAUAUUUUUAGUACAUCCCUGUGUAACUAUAUAUAUGUUUAAUGUACAAAGACAUGACUAGAAAAAAAUAUAGCAAAUGUUAAUUCUGUAGAACAAUGUUUUUUUCAAAAUUUUGUUUUUUAUACUCUUGGCUCUUUACCAAGUUGUCUACAAAUAAGGAUGCUUCACUUUUAUAAUCAGAAAAAAAUCUAAAAUAUUUUUAUGUAAGAAAAUCAAGGCUAAGCAUUUGUGGGGUGGGGUGAGGUGGGGACAGGAUCUCACUCUGUCACUCAGGCUGGAGUGUGGUAGCAUGAUCAUGGCUCACUGCAGCCUUGACCUCUCUGAGCUCAAGUGAACCUCCCACCUCAGCCUUCCAAGUAGCAUGCAGGUAUGUGCCACCAUGCUUGGCUAAUUUUUUGUAUGUUUUGUAGAGACAGAGUUCCACCGUAUUUCCCAGGCUGGUAUUGAACUCCUGGGCUCAAACAAUCUGUCUGUCUCAGCCUCCCAAAGUGUUGGGGUUACAGGCAUGAGCCAUUGCGCCCAGCCUAUCUUUUUUCACCUUUUACAUUUUUUUCAUUUUUUUUUUUAUUAUUCAGUUAAUUUUACUGAAAAUAUUUUCUUUUGAUUUCUAAUAAUAAAGUCAAAUGUUUAUUUUUUAAUAGAACUCCAAAAAAAAAAAGAGAAAGAAAAUGGCUCCACGUCCUGUGUCUCAUUAUUUUUUAAGUACUAAUAUGCAAUGGAAUAUGACAUUCUUUUUAUUUUGUGUAACUGCUUACAAAAAAUCUGGACCCUAGAUGCUUCUGUUAAAAAAAGAGUCAACUGAACAAUACUGCUUUUUUUUUUUUGAGACAGAGUUUUGCUCUUGUUACCCAGGCUGGAGUGCAAUGGCGCGAUCUCAGCUCACUGCAACCUCCGCCUCCUGGGUUCAGGCAAUUCUCCUGCCUCAGCCCCUGAGUAGCUGGGAUUACAGGCACAACUAAUUUUUUGUAUUUUAGUAGAGACAGGGUUUCACCAUAUUGACCAGAAUGCUAUCAAUCUCUGGACCUCGUGAUCCACCAGCCUUGGCCUCCCAAAGUGCUGGGAUUACAGGCGUGAGCCACCGUGCCUGGCCCAAUACUGCUUUUUAUAUUAAUGAAGGUGUGGAUAAAAUACUCUCAUCCUGAGUUUUAACUGCCAUUUAUAAACUUACUGUUCUUCAGCAAGUAAAUCUAUAAAUUGAAAAGCAGUAGUACCCAUCACAAUAUGAACACAUUUCUCUCUCUCCACAGAUAUUAAAAUAUGGCUAAAUGUGCUACUAUGAAUGAAGAUUAUUAUAUACAUACAACCUGAAAAUAACUCUGAGAAAUAACUUUUCAAAAGAGGAAAGUAAAAACAUGAUUGUGGAAAAUUUAGAAAGAUUACAAAUAUUCCUAUGUCUACAAAAUAUGAGUGUGUAUAACAUCUUUAAAUGUGACACGUGUUAAACACCAAUUUUGUUGUGAACUGAGAAAAGUUUAUAUCCUCAUUUCAAAUUGCUUACAUUUCUGAAAAGAACAGCACCUAGGAAGCAAAAGACUAUCUUUUGUUUCAUCAGGGUUCAAUAUUGAUUUAAAAGACUGAAUGGAUUCCUUUCUUACCCUCUUCCCCAAUCACCUACCAAUUCAGGUGUAUAUCUCAAGCAAGCAGAAUUUUACACAAGCCUGUUCAUUGCUUCCAUCACAUUCUCCCACACACAUUCAAUCACUCUCCUCUCUUAUUUUGGAAUAAACUGUUGUGAAAUUCUGCUGAAAAUUUCUUACUGUGCCUUUGAGAUUAAUUCCCUUUGUUAAGUGAAUAUGGAUGUAAAUAAUUAACCUUUCAUUCAGCUUUAAUAGAAGAAAAGCAGAAUUUCGGUAGCACUAACUUACUUCAUAGGGUAUUACUUACACCAUCUCCAUCCCAUCUCUUCCCACAUGUGACCAUCUGGUUGGCUGAAUGCAGCUGUUCAUUUGUGUCAUUUGCAUGACUACAGGUCCAAAGAGCAUAAUAGGAGGCGAAGGAAAUCAUGCACAUGUGGGAAGGGGAGAGCUGAGUUAUGGACCCCAGGAGUUCUCAUUUUGGAUAAUUUCAGAAAAUGCAUAGCAUAAUCACUGCUGGGUGAUGUGAUUGUUAAAUUGCUGUUCUGACCUCAGAAAGGGAGCCUGGGUGCAGCAAUUGGUGUUUGGGAAAAGAAACAUGUUUAUGGUAUUAUAUGUUCAAAUGACAAGUGAGAUUUAGUAAGUAGGAAUACAAUAUCUCCUGCCUUUACUGCACACCUACUCUGACCAUGGGAAAUGAAAUGUAUACAAUAGGGUGCUUGACACUGAGUAUCAGAUACAUAAUAAUCCCACCUUCUAGGGACUCUUGAGGACUUCUCUGCCCUGUCAUCAUCAUCAUCAUUGUUAUUAUCAUUAUUUGAGACGGACUCUCUCUCUGUCACCCAGGGUGUAGUGCACUGGCAUGAUCUCAGCUCACUUCAACCUCCACCUCCCAGGUUCAAGCCAUUCUUCUCCCUCAGCCUCCCAAGUAGUUGGGACUAUAGGCAUGAGCCACCAUGCUCAGCUAAUUUUUGUAUUUUUAGUGGAGGUGAGUUUUCAUCAUGUUGGCCAGGCUGGUCUCUAACUCCUGACCUCAAGUGAUGCACCUGCCUCUGCCUCCCAUAGUGCUGGGAUUACAGGUAUGAGCAACCUCACCCAGCCUGCCCUGUCAUUCUUUGUUGUAAAGAGGAUGGACUCUGGAGUUCAAACCCAGAAAUCUGUGUUUUAACAAACUCCUCAGAAGAUUCUGACACAUACGCAAGUUUGAGAACCACUGGUGUAAUCCUUCAGCCUUUACUCCAGGUGAAGUUUCUCUCUACUAUUUUAGAUCCAGCUAUGUUUUUUUUUUAAUGUGCUUUGUUUUUACUCUUCCAUUCCUUUUUCUUUUCCAGGUAUUCAACAAUUUUUGUUGGACAAUUGAAUUAUUUCUGACAAUUAUUUUCCUACACUGAAUAAUCUCCCCCCUUGCAAUUUUUUUCAUAAGUGGGGGUUACUCAUUUUUGUAUUUUUUUCAUUGAUAUAUUAUAGUUGUACUUUUUUUUGGAUAUAUGUGAUAUUUUGAUAUUUGUAUACAAUGUGCAGUGAUCAAAUCAGGGUAAUUGGGAUAUCUAUCACCUCAAGCAUUUAUCUUUUCUUUCUGUUGAGAACAUUGAAAUAUUUCUUUUUUACCUAUUUUGAAAUACACAAAUUGUCAUUUUUCUAUUGUAGUAUCAAAUACUAAAACUUGUUCCUUUCAUUUAACUUUGACCUUUUAAUCUUUUUUAAGCAUCCUUUACCUCAUGGUCUCUUACUUCAACCUCCCAGAAACUCCCCAAUGUCAGUGGAUGAAGUCCAAUUGUCCUGCCCCAUUCUAACACUCUACAUGGUACAAGCCUCUGAAACUAACUUAACAACUUACGUUUUUUCUUUCUGCACAACUUAUUCUCGGAUGAAAUUUAUUUUUUUAAUGUCUAUAUCAUUCCUUGUACAUAAUUUUCUCUGUGCUUUUGUUUACACUUUUUUUUUUUUUUUUUUUUUUUAGAUGGAGUUUCACUCUUGUUACCCAGGCUGGAGUGCAAUGGCACGAUCUCGGCUCACCGCAACCUCCGCCUCCUGGGUUCAGGCAAUUCUCCAGCCUCAGCCUCCCGAGUAGCUGGGAUUACAGGCACCUGCCACUGUGCCCAGCUAAUUUUUGUAUUUUUAGUAGAGAUGGGGUUUCACCUUGUUGACCAGGAUGGUCUCGAUCUCUUGACCUCGUGAUCCACCCACCUCGGCCUCCCAAAGUGCUGGGAUUAUAAGCGUGAGCCACCGUGCCUGACCUUGUUCUCUUCCAGGUCUAGAUCAUUCUCUUUUAACCCUUCUUAUGUGUUUAAAUCCUCAUCACCUUUCAGUUUUCCCUUCUUUCAAGAAGACUUUCCCACCACCGCAUUGUACUAUGCUGUCUCCCUUACUGUCCAUUCCUCUCCUCUGACAACUACAUGUCCCCUAUCUUGUAUUAUUAUACACAUGGCCCCAGGGACAAAAAGUUUGAUUUUGACUUCUUUGUAUCUUUUUACCCAAUAGCUUAUAGACUGAAGUGUUCAUAAGUCAUAUUGGUCUUCAAAUAAUAACUCCAAAGUUUUGAAAAGUAGGUAGAAUGCUUAUUGUCAGUAAAAUGGUUAGAUUGACCAAUUAGUAUUUAAUUCUAGAUCACGAUUCACUAUCCUAACUGGAAAUUACUCUAGUGUUUUGGGAUGAGGGUAACUGCAAUGAGAGGUCAUUCUUCUGUAGAAACACAGGAACUCCUAUGGGCAGUAGCAGUGAACAGCCCUGAGGAUGGAAUUAACGAACCAAGAUAAGGAAAACUGGCAUUGGCUUCAGUUUCUUUCAGUGUCAGAGAACUACAGGUUUUCUAGUGUCACAAUGAUAAUGUUCUGGUUUUCUGUCAAUGAUACAAAAAGAAAAAGGUGGGGAAUUGGGAAGAGAAAAAAUCUGUCUCUCUGCUUGCCUUUGCUGCUAUAGGAGAAAAGUAUUUUGGAAAAUGAGAAAAUUACAUCAACCAAAUAAGUCAAAUGAUAAAGUCCUUACUGUAAAAAAAAAAAAAAAAGUCCUUAUUGUAAAUUCCAGAUAAAGUUCUGAUUUUCUAUAUGAGGUUGGUCAAGUAACUUUAUGCUUUGGUACUCAGAGACUUCAUCUACCAAAUGAAGAUUCUAAUGCAUUUUCCUUGUGAUUGUAAAAAUUCAAGGAGUAGUGGCUGUUCCUGGAUCAGAGGUUGGACAAUUAAAUCCUUGCCAUCCUGCGGCUAGUACUGGGACAAAGCGUGCAGUGUGGGGCAUUCAUCCUACCGAGGAUGAUGACCACUUUUAUUCCCCAUGUCCUGCAUCUCCCUUCUACUUUUGGAGUUUUCAGGCCCAAAGGAGCAAUGAAGAGAAGAAAGUCAAAUGUUCAAGCAGGUAUAAGGAAAACAGCAUGGCUAUACCUUCAUUAGGAAAGAUAGAUGUGAUCCCUGGAUACAGAAAUAUGAAUGUCUGUUUACUUGUGGAAACUGUUUGCAUAGUAUCUCUAGAUUUCCCAAGUUCCUGCCUUAGGCCAGACAACAUGCUAGAUGUACCCACAUAGAUCAUUUCAACUUGGUCAUAGCUCCACCAUGUAAGUAGCCCAAAGGAGAAAAAAAAAAAUCAAAGGAGGAUUUGUCGAUUUCCCAAUGACCAGACAGAGACACUUUUUACUCUGAAGAUCAUGUUCUUUCUACUCUCUCAGAAUGCCAUUCGGAAGCCAGGAUGACUUAGGAGAAGCCACACAGAAGAGGAGGUAAACUUAUACUAUCUAUAAAAGUUUUGAUCCAAGUGGAAGCUGCAUGAUUAGAACCCCUGAGUACUUGGGAUAAUCUACACAAAGACAUAUUAGUCAAGAAUACUGAAGGUGGAGAUUAAUAAGAAUAUAACAUGUCCUUGCCUAGGAUAAAGUUGCAUACUAUUUUUAAGUAAUGGAGCAUCCACUGCCAUCUGACCUAGACUCAAGACUCACUGGCACAGAUUUAUCCAUCUCACAAAACACUGGUUAUUUUGCUCCUUUACUACUCCAUUAGGUGCCCGGUUGUCUUGGGGCAUUGGAGGUAAGUCCUUAAAUAGUGGUUGGUCAGGGAAGCAUGGGAAUGACAUUUAAACUAAAGGUCAGGUUCCUUAGUCCAUGCACUGGCCCUAAGCACAUAACACGGAGUCCCUCCUGCAGGCUUCAUUUGGUUCACGGGCUCCAGCAUGGCCCUCACCUUAGAACAUCAUCAGAUAUCCUGAACCAUUUCUUGGUUCUUUUUCCUGUCUUGUCCUCAUGGUCCUGCCAACCCUUGAUAUUUUUUUAAGUUCUCGUUAAAAGACAUCCUUCAUAUCAUUUCUCCUGCCAAGGAGACGACUAUCCCUUUCUAGAAGAGAUUGACGGCAUAUUUAGAAAGACCCAAUUGCUAGAAAUACAGAGUGAGUUCUUUGUCCAGCUUGGAGAACAGGUGGGGCAAAUCCCUGUUAUUUGCUCUUGAUGUUUCACCCCUCAGCCUAACAAAAAGGUUUCUUACUAUAGCAAUGGAAAACAAAAUGCAAGUUAAAUUCUCAAGGCACUCCAUUAGAUAAGCCUUUGGCAGCAUUCCCUCCUAAAUUUAUAUUUCAACAGAGGUUACUUUUCCAUAUUAAAAUGAACACAGGGAAAUUAUGAGAAGGAAGAGAAGAGAGGAAAAGAUGGAAGAAUUAGUAAAAUGAAUCCAAAAGGAGAAAUUUAGAUCUCAGAUUAGCAGUAUAUCUCUGAAAUUUGGUUCUGUCAGUGCUUAAUUUAUCUGUGCACUAAUGAAGGCAAAUACUUAUUACUCUAAUCCUAAAAUCUCAGUGUUUUAACAUAGUAAAAGCAAAAUUUUCUGACACAUUAGUAUCUCAUACCUAUCAGCCUUUUGGGGCUAGUUCAGGGGCUGUACUUUGUUUCACACAGUCAUUUGGGAACCCAGCUCCAGCUUGAAGCUUGCCAUCUUUAAGAACUCAGAUUCUUCCAUGAUAUUCUUUGCUUUGGGCAAGAUGAGAGAAAAGCACAAGUGGAGAAUAGUUCAGGAAGCUUCCAGGGGGCAGGACUAAAAGGGAGCAUACUUUCUCUAACAUUUCAUGAAUCAAAAUUCAGACACAUGGCUUCAUCUGUCUGUAAUGGAAGCUAUAAAUACAGCUUAGUUGUGUAAACAGGAAUUUUAAAAAGCAGGAUUUGGAGAAAACCAGCAUUGUUUGGUAACAAUUAGGGACCAGAGCUAGGUAUGGCUUUCCCUACGUGUAGUAUUUCUAACUGAGUAAGAGAGGAGGCUCAACCAAGCUUUGGGAGUCCUUGGUCAGCUUUUUUAAACAUUUAAACUGCAUGUGCUAAAAGUAAAUUUGACCUUUUUGUGUAAAACUUCACAAAAUAUGCUAGUAAUUAAUUUUUUGAGUGUAGGUGAGGAGGUUUUAUAUACUAGUUUGUAUCUUGAAUUGAUGCUGUCAUGAAAACAUUUCAUAGGUGUCUAUAUUUCUACUGGCUUAAAAUUUAAAAUCUAGUUAAAAAACUAUAAUCUGUAAUGUACCUGAAAUAAAAUUUUAAAGAGAAAAUAACCCCAAAACAGUGUGUUACUUUCUUCCGAAAGCUUUCCCUUAAGUAGAAAUAGAAAGGGUUACUGUAGGAUUAAUACGGCAAGUCAAAAAAAAUUUUCACCAAAACAUACAUUCUUCUAUUGAAAAAUGCAUAAUGGCAAAUACUCAAAAAUUGAUUAUAGAUCAACAUUUGGGUAUUAGAUUUGUUGUAAUUUCCCCAUAUUCCUCUACAUUGAUAUUAAAUGCACUGAAAUAAAAAACGUUAUUAACGCAUGAUAAAUGACAUGUCCAUAGGGGUGCAUAGGGGUAUACAGGUUGGAGUUUAACUAGAAAAAUAAAAACCAGUUCAGAUACCUACCCUUAGAUAAUUGCUUAUGCAGGUGAUGGAGGAAUUUAAAAUACAAAUAAGACACAAUAGAGUAAUCUAAGAGAUUUAAACAGCAGAAAACCACUCCUAGUAUGAGGCUGGAGAGAUAAUGGAAGGAGGUAGUGUUCCCUGGUCUAGGGGGUAGGGUUACGAGUGGAAGCCAGAUGCACAGCAGACAUGUCCUGCAGGAAGUAGCAAUGUGGAGAUUUUGAAGCUGUUGGAUAUGAAGAAUAUGAAGGAGCUGGCCCUAUGGAGAAUAGAAAACCAAUGUCCGAGGCCGGGCGCAGUGGCUCAAGCCUGUAAUCCCAGCACUUUGGGAGGCCGAGGCGGGUGGAUCACGAGGUCAAGAGAACGAGACCAUACUGAUCAACAUGGUGAAACCCCUUCUCUACUAAAAAUACAAAAAAUUAGCUGGGCACGGUGGCACGUGCCUGUAAUCCCAGCUGCUCAGGAGGCUGAGGCAGGAGAAUUGCCUGAACCCAGGAGGCGGAGGUUGCGGUGAGCCGAGAUCGCACCAUUGCACUCCAGCCUGGGUAACAAGAGCGAAACUCCGUCUCAAAAAAAAAAAAAAAGAAAAAAGAAAACCAAUGUCCACAAGUCUGCCGGCAGAGAAGAGGAAAAAGAAAUACUGAGUUUCUUCUCUCCUUACCCCUCACCUCCCACAAGCUUCACCCCGUAUCUACCAUUAACCAAACACAGCCAAAUUGUAGCUGAUAGAAAGGAAAAUGCUUGGCACCUGCUUUUCCUCUGAUAACACAGAGGACAGAGAGUAAAGAGCAAUACCUUCAAAACAAGGACAUCCAGGAUCAUCAAAUGCAAUGAAUGUACCGAGACAGACCAUCACGUGUGCUUUAUAUUCGCCUUUGAUUUCUUUUAUUCAGAGCAAACGAAGGAUGUAGUUUCUUCAAGAAAAUCUACAAGUUCAGAAUAAUUCCAAAGCCUUCAAGUCAUGUCUUUGAAUAAAAUUAAUGUUUGGUUUUAAUAAAUUGCUACCUAAGUUUCCAAAACAUAUGUUGAAAGUUUAAUUUUUAGAAUUGUGUUGCUAGAACAUUUUAAAGAAUAAACUGAAGUACUUGGAAAAAUGCAUCUAGACUUCACACCUAGAAGAUCCUCUCCAAAAAUAUCUGAAAGAUGAGCACAGGAAGGAGAUUGUGUACCUUGAGAAUCUGAGUGGCAAAUACUUUAAACUAUAAUGUCAAACUGACAGAACGGGUUGAUAAACCCCGGGAAUUCAUUCCCUAGUCAACCAGCAAGAAUUACACAAAUAAAUUCCCACACUUCCUACACUUCUCUAAAAAUCUACAACCUUUCCUUAGAGUUAGUUCAAAGUAAUGCAGAUAACCUCAAAAAUAAAUAGUUUGAGACAUGCUGCUUUUCAAAAGGUGAUAGAAAUGAAACUGAAGUGGCAGAAAUAAAAAGAGUUGAGCACAGGGAGGAUCUCAGGGUAGAAAUGAAAAUGACACAUUCUCAACCCAGUAGUGCUAAACCUUAUUAAAGAAAUGUCUGGAAACAUGUAAAAUGCUUUAAUAGUUCAUAAAAAUAACGAAGAUUCCAACAACCUUAGCCAAACGGAAUUUGAAUUCACCAGGAUUCUCUAAAAUUGGUGUCCAAUACGUAUUUUGUCUGUGAAAAGCUGUUUUCUUCUUUCUAGAGUAAACUACAGUCUCAUAUAAAUAACCAGAAUUAUGUAGCCCAAACAACCUAAUAUGAGGCUGAUUCAGGUAUCUACUAAAUAUAUGGCCUUGGAACAAAGCAUUUCAUCACAAGAAGCCUCAGUUAUUUCUUCAGUGAAGAGGAGAUAUUACUUUUCAUGGUUCGUGAUAGGAAUUAGCAGUAAUCUUUAUAAUGAGCUGACACAUAGUAAAUCAGUGUUUCAUAAUUUUUGGUUGUGAUUAUCUUAUUAUUUGAGCAUUUGUGCAUAACACAAAUUGACAAGGUAGCUUCCUUUAAUAUUAUAAUUUUCUCUUCUCAUCAAAAAAGAUAUUAUACCCUCUUGGAAACCCCUUAAAAUGCAAAUAUCCUUGGGAGGAGUUACUUCUUUAAAAUAGUAUCUGUGAAUAUAGUGGUUAUUUUUAAUACCCUUGCAAAGCUCAGUUGACAGUCACCAAAGACGAAAGUAGGGCAGGCAUUCGGGUCGAAGGAGGACUUACAGAAAGCUUUCACUCAAAUAUUAAUUGAAAUGCUUGUCAAAAAUACAGGCAACUAGAUACUAAGCCUAGGAUGUUAGAGCCCAGGAAUCUGUGUAUUUACCAGGCAAGCCAACUGACUCUGAAUUAUGUAGCCUGGAACCUCACUUUGAAAAAUCACUGCUUUAUAGAAAACAUGAGGAGUUGCCAGAGAGGAGAGAUUGAGAGUGGUGAGUAGUGGGAUGCUGUUUAAAUCUCUUAGAUUACGCUGAUGUGUCUCACCCUACACAGACUACAGCACAGACUACAGCUCCUAUAUACAAUUCUACCAAGGCAAGUUUUGCUAAACUUCUUGAUUCUGCCUUAUUUUGUCACCAAACAAACAAUAAUAGGCUGAGAGUAACCCAAAGGGUUUUACGGUUGACGCCAUACCUUUGAGUUCAGGAAAUCCUUUAAAUGCCAGAUCCUGUUGUUGGGUAGAGGGGAGUGGUGUCUAUAAUUACAUUUUUAGAAUUGCAUUCUGGCAAGAUUUAAAAAAAAGUAGCCACUUGGCAGGCCGCGGAGGCUCAAGCCUGUAAUCCCAGCACUUUGGGAGGCCGAGGCAGGUGGAUCAUGAGGUCGAGAGAUCAAAACCAUCCUGGUCAACAUGGUGAAACCCCGUCUCUACUAAAAAUACAAAAAAUUAGCUGGGCAUGGUGGCGCGUGCCUGUAAUCCCAGCUACUCAGGAGGCUGAGGCAGGAGAAUUGCCUGAACCCAGGAGGCGGAGGUUGCGGUGAGCCGAGAUUGCGCCAUUGUACUCCAGCCUGGGUAACAAGAGGGAAACUCCGUCUAAAAAAAAAAAAAAAAUAGCCACUCUUUGCAAAGUACGGCGACUGUAUAAAUGCAGGCAGAGCACAUUACCAGGGAAUGGGCAGUCCUCGUUUUGGCAGAGAUGGACAGUGGGCAAACUAGGAUGACCCUGACUCACAUUUCAGAAUAGUAAUUGUGCUUCUCCUUUGCCACUUGACCUUGAUCUUUGCUGCUUGCUAUGUUUUAUUUUCUGUCGUCUUCUGUCUGCUAUGUUUUGUACCCUCCACAUUCACCACCCUUUCCUCUUACUCAACGAUUUGAGAUGGACUGUGGCUAAAAGGGGCACUCGCCUAUCCUACAUAUAUAUCCCAGCCCAAAUUUAUGAAAAAUGACUCACUCCCAGGUUCUAUAAUGAUUAAUAGUAAUAAUAAUAGAAAAAAUCAUUGUUGCUUUAUUAAUACUCCUGCCACAGCUAGGAAUAUAAAAAGGAAGUGCAAAGCAUGUUAGAAAAACUAAAAUUAACUUUUUGAAAUGUUCUUAUGGUUAUCUGUUAUUUCCAUAAAAAAUACUUGAAAAAUAUUUAGGUUCAUCAUCACAACAGUAUUUUUCAGGGCCAAGAUGAUGAACUAUCAGUAAAUUCAUUCCAGAUUCAAAAGGAGAACCCAGUAGUGAUUUGCUUCUCCCCCUGUAGCAUCUUACUGUGACGGAAAUAAACUCAAAUUGACAAAUUGCAGAGUAAAUAUGCAAGCUUCCCUUGCUGGUAGAAGUCUGUAAAAUGUGUGCCUUCUGCUCUUUGGAUUUCUGAACAUGAAAUUGAGUACCUUGUUCAUGGAUCCAGCUGACAAUCAAGAGAAACCCACUGUUUUACACAUUGGCCUCUGUAACUCUGUUUUUCCUUUCGACCUAGGUGAUUUAUGAAGCUGAUUGAAGACCUUUACAGUCAGGAAAGGGCCAAUGCUGAAGUCUUUACUAAUCUGAUUUCAUGGAAAGUCCCCUUUUUCUUUUGGUUCAUAGGUGCUGUGAAGUAUAAAAUCUGAGCUGUAUGUCACUUUCAGUUGAGGCAGUUUGGUAUAUACCAUGAUCAGUUUUAUAGCUGAUUCUCUUUCUUCUUCCAAAUCUGGAGAAAUGGCAAAUUCACUGACUCUGGAUCUCAGUAACUAAGAAUCAAACAUAGAAAAUACACCCUGAGGCAUGGAUUCUUCUAUUAAAUAUAAUAUUUAAAUUUAAAUUUGGUCAUUGGUUCUUAAAAAUUAAUUUUUUUUUUUUUUUUCCGAAAUGGAGUCUGGCUCUGUCACCCAGGCUGGAGUGCAGUGACACGAUCUCAGCUCACUGCAACUUCUGCCUCCUGUGUUCAAGUGAUUCUUCAAGCCUCAGCCUCCUGAGUAGCUGGGAUUACAGGCAACUGCUACCACACCUGGCUAAUUUUUGUAUUUUUAGUACAGACACAGUUUCACCAUGUUGGUCAGGCUGGUCUUGAACUCCUGACUUUGUAAUCUGCCAGCCUUGGCCUGCCAAAGUGCUGGGAUUACAGGUGUGAGCCACUGCGCCUGGUCACUAAUUGCCUUUUUUUUUUUUUUUUAAAGAAACAAAAUUAAACUUACAGAAAAAUUGAGAUUAUCAUUCAGAGAUUUCCCAUAUUCCAUCCCCUUUCCUGCACAGUCUCCCCAGUUAACAUCUUGCUUUGGAGCAGUGUAUUUGUUAUGAUUAGUAAACCAAUAUUAAUAUAUUACUAUUAACUGAAGUCUAGAGCUUACUGUAAGGUUUACUCUGUUUUAGAGUUCUAUGAAUUUUGACAAAUGCAUAAAGACAUACAUUCACUAUUGCAGUAUCAUACGGAACCGCUCAUCAUCCUAAAAACCCAUCAUAUGUCACCUACUCAUUCCUCUCCAUUGCCCUCUGCGCAGCUUCCUCCUGGCAACCGCUGAUCUUUUCAUUAUCUCCAUAGCUUUGCCACUUCCAGAACAUCAGACAGUUGGAAUCGUAUAGUACGCAGCCUUUUUUGACUGGCUUAUUUCCUUUAGUAAUAAGCAUUUCAGUUUCCUCCCUGUCUUCUCAUGGCCUGUUAGCUUUUUUUUUUUAAGCACUGAAUAAUAUUUUAUUGUACAGAUGUACCACAGUUUAUUUAUUUUUGUACUGAAGAACUUCUUACAGAAAUGCCUACAGUAUGUAAAGACCACUAAUAAAGCUACUAUAAACAUGAGCAGGUUUUUUGUGUACAUGAGUUUUCGACUUAAUUGAGUGAAUCCUUGGGAGCAUAAUUGCUGGAUUGUAUAGUAAGACCAUGUAAGUUUUGUAGGAAACUGACAAACUAUCUUCCAAGAUGGCGCUACCAGUUUUCAUUCCUACCAGCAAUAAAUGAGUUUCUGUUGUUUCACACCUUCACCAUCAUUUGGUGGUGGUAUUUUCGGAUUUUACUCAAUCAAAUAGGCAUGCAGUGGUAUCUUAUUUCAAUUUGCAGUUCCCUAAAGACAUGAGUUUAGUAGCUUAUUUGCCAAGCCAUCUGUAUAUAUAUCUCCUUUGGUGAGAUGUUAGCUCAGAUCUUUGUCCCAUUUGUUAAUAGGGUUGUUUAUUUUCUUACUGCUGAGUUGUAAGAGUUAUUUGUACAUUUUGAAUACAACUUCUUUACCAAUUAUGUGUUUUACAAAUAUUUUCUCCCAGUGUGUGGUUUUCUUCUCAUUCCCUUAGCUGCGUCUUUUGCAAGGAAGAAGUUGUUAAUUUUAAUAAAGUCAAUGUAUCAGCUUUUUAUUUCACGGAUUCUACUUUUGGUGUUAUAUUCAAAAGCUGAUCACCAAAUCCAUCGUCACCUAGAUUUCUUCUGUUAUCUUUUGUUUUUUUUAAAAGAUUUGCAGUUUGCAUUUGGAUCUACAAUCUAUUUUCAGAAAGUUGUGAAGUAUCUGAAAUCUGUGUCUAGAUUAUUGUUUUAUAUAGAAUGUCCAAUUGUUCUACAACCAUUUGUUAAAUGACUAUUUAUCUUUUAUCCACCGAAUUGCCUUUGCUCUUUAGUUAACUAUGAAAGAUCCCUCGAAACAGUAAAUUUCCUGACUCUGAUUCUGAGUACAAAAGUUAUUGGUUAAACCAAAUGCAGAAAAUCUAUACUGAAACAUGCCUUAGUAUAUUAAAUAUUUGAUAAUGUUUGUUAAGAUCCUUAAAAUCAAAGCCAUUAAUUUUCCUGUCUCAUCAGAAACAUAAAUAUUUCACUGUCCUUGAGUUAUAAUAAUGAAGCAAUCAUUUAUUGAGUGUGAGAUGCUAAGCUCUCUCUCUAUAUACAUAUAAUCCUCACAGAACCCUUAUGAGAUGUUAUCAAAAUCCGCAUGGAGCGUAUCCUAGAAUGGUACCUUACAAAAGUUAAAUAGCUUUCCCAUGGUCAUCCAGCUGGUAUAUGGCAGAGCUAGGAUGGGAGGUCACCAGGUGAUUCCAGGAGCAAAGAUCUUAAGCACCUUUUGAUACUGUCUUCAUGUUCUCCUUUAAAACUUAUGAGUCCUCACCUCGACUGGCUUCCACUUCAGGACUGUAGUGAAAUGACCGCUGCAGUUCUGGGUCUCACAUCUCUUCAAGGAACUUUAAAAAAGAAAAUCAGUGGAACUUUUUCUCAGAGAAUCGUUUACACUUCCCCUUUCAUUUUGGUUGUUUGUCCAUUUCUAAAAGAACUCCAGUGAGUUGGGAGUGACGAAAGCUCAUUGACUGCCAUAUACUGCUGAGGGAAUUUAAAUUAUCCAUAGAAAUAUAAGGCCUCUUCAACUGGGAUGGUCAUAUUUCCUUGCAUAGGGUGGUGAUGAGAAGACACCUGUUUGGAAAUGAGCUAGGCUCUGAGUAGAAAGCCAAGAAUUCCCAUGAUGCCUGUUUGAUGCUUUCCUAAUCACGUUGCACCUUUCAGCCUCAUAUCUUGUGUACUUCCCUUAACUUCACAUUGUAUGAUCACUGUUUCUAAGUAUGCUCAUGAUAAGCCCCCUGUAUGCCUUUGCCACUUUGUACAGGCAUUAUAUUUUUUUGUCAAAGAUGGUUGGUUUCAAAUUCUAGCUCUACUCACCCAGAGUGAGUAACUUGCCCUCCCCCAUCCUCAGUUUCCUUCAUUGCAAAAAUAGAAGUGACAGGUAUCUCAUUACAACAACUGUAAAUCAAAAGAACUUAUCACAAUGCCUGUGGCGAGGAAAGAUAAAUAGUUCCUUGAAAUACCUCCUUACUAAUACCUCCUUGCUAAUAGCACACAAUUGUCUUCUGGCCUCAUCUCCAUCUUAUCUUUGUCCAGAGUUGAAAAAUACCCAAUGUAUAAGAAGAGAGAAACAUGGUAGUAGAAACUUUUUUCUAAAAGUUUCAUUUUAGACAUUGGAAAAUAAACUUCCAUAAAGUAUGUCCAGAAUCCUUCUCAUGAACAUGAGGCGAGGAAAGGAACCAGCCUCUUAUGUUACCUUCUGUUCCUAAAAAAAAAAAUGGCUCCUGAUGCCUUCAAAGCCUGAAUUUUUCUCCCCUGCCAUUGACAUCUGGCUUAUUCCUUUAUUUCUUCAUAAAAAUGUCACCUCUUCAGAGAAUAUAUUGCUGAUCCUGCAGUCUUUCAAACUCAUUAAGUCUUCUGUCAUUGGUUCAGACAACAUUCCACCUUUCCCUUCUUGUAGCCCCUCAUCACAUGUGUGAUUAUGGGUUCUCUCUUUGUCUUCUUCCCUGACUUGUGAUCUCCCGAGGACCCAGAUGGCUUUAUCUCCUUCAGUGCCAUGGCCCAGCACCUACUAUGGUUCCUGGCACACACAGAGGCACUCAAACAUAGCUCUUACUUAAGUGAAUGAACAAUUGAAACCUGGCCUGAAAGGUGACAAUUCUCAGAAUCCAAAAAGCUAAAUAGACUUAUUUGAUUGCUGUAUAUGUCUAGAAGAGGGUAAGAAAAAUUGGCAGAAAUAACAUAUUUCUAGAACAACAUGCAGAUCUACUUAUUGCCUUGUGAGAGUAUUAAAGGUGCAAAACGUUCUGUGAAAAGUAAAAUGAUAACUACAUUGGGUAAGUUUUGUUUCCAGUUGACAGACACAUUCUUGUAUAAAUGUCACAUCAUUCUUAUUGAAUCAAACCAUAUUUUACAAAUGCAAAAAAGGAACAAUAAGACAGUAGAGUAUAAGAGAAAAUGGCAAAAAAGUAAUUAAAAUUAAAAUAAAGGAUAUGAGGCUAAAUUCCCUGAAAUAUCCUUAAAAUCCCACAUAAUAUUAACAAGAAAAUGUUCAGAAUGACUUAAACACAAAUAAAGUGUCAGAUCUCACUAAUAUAUUAAUCACAUUAGACAAUGAUUUUUAUUUGUACUUUCAGAAAUAAGGCAUGUUACAAGACUUGUUGAUUUCUUUUCACUGGUUUCUGAAAUACACCAUUGAAAUUAAACACUGCAAAUAACAACUUAAAAGUUCCACACACAGCUCAUUGCAAACUUGGGGGAAAAAAUGUAAUGCAGUGUACUGCUGCAUGAAUUUUGGCAUCUUUCAAUUCUCCUUGAAAUCGGAAGGAACAUAAACACUCUACGGUGAUUAUCAUCAAGAGAUCUGUAAAAGGUGUUUAGUAUAAAGUUUGUAUUUUAGAAGGUUGAAGACUUGGAGAAACACAUUUAGAGAACAUUUAUGUUGGGAGGGGAAGAGUGUAGAAUACAGGACAUGAAUUCAGAUCUUUCUAGUUUGAGUUCUAAUUUACAGUCAGCUAUUUAAUCACUCUGAUAUUGUUUGUAAAGCUACAUAAAAAGGAUAAUUAUUAUAAUAAAACUCCUUAUUAUUUUUGUUUGAAUCAGAAUAUACGCCAACCACCUGACAUAAAUAAUGGCACAAUAGUGAGUUUAAUUCCAUUGUGUAGAAUGAUAAGAAGCCACUCCUUGUCAACAAGACAAUAGCCUGCUUCCCUAACAUGAAAUCAAGCGCACUUCAACACGAAAGUUGAAACCACCAACAGUCACAAAUACUCAGGUAAAGAGCAAUAUGUUUGGCCAGUGUCAUACCAAGAAACAGCCCUUGUCUAUUACAAAUGGCAUUCAUCAUAAAUCCUGCUGACAGCUUUGGUAAGAAGGCCUCAAAAGGAAAAUAUUUGCAAAACUAGGAAACGCACUGAGGGCUUAAAGGAGAAGAAGACACUACUCCCAGCAAAAACACCUGUAAGCAAGCUUUGUUCUCAGUUGCUUUUUUUCUGUCAAUCUAAAAAUCACCAGUUUCCUCCAUCAAAUGCAAAAACCAGUAGAGGAAACAGAACUGAUGGAUGAGUUCAACGCCAAAUUUCUUUAAGCCUGUGAUGGCAGGCAGAGUCACGGAUAAAGAACGCUCUUUCAAGUGAUCUUAUUUCUUGAACUUAAUUUCACAGUCUAUCAGCUACCUGAGAGACAUUAGUCUCUUCAGCUUGAUCAAGUCAAAGGCAAGAUUUCACAGAUAUGAAUAAAGAGAGGGAGUAAUAUCUUCUUUCAAGGGAGUAUUAUCCCCUAGAGACAUGAAACAACUUCUUUUUUUUUUUUUUUUGAGACGCAGUUUCGCUCUUGUUACCCAGGCUGGAGUGCAAUGGCCCGAUCUCGGCUCACCGCAACCUCCGCCUCCUGGGUUCAGGCAAUUCUCCUGCCUCAGCCUCCUGAGCAGCUGGGAUUACAGGCACGUGCCACCGUGCCCAGCUAAUUUUUUGUAUUUUUAGUAGAGAAGGGGUUUCACCAUGUUGAUCAGGAUGGUCUCGUUCUCUUGACCUCGUGAUCCACCCGCCUCGGCCUCCCAAAGUGCUGGGAUUAUAGGCGUGAGCCACGGUGCCCGGCUGAACCAACUUCUUAUAGCUGUUUACGCCUCUGAUGUUUUCUGAAAGGUUGGUUACACCACGGAAUACUUUUAAUAGCUCCAGCUUCCCCAUGUGGAAAAAAAGGCCCAAUAAUAUCUUAAAUGUGCAAAUAAAGGACAUUGCACCAGUGGAUAAAAUAUAACCAUAAGAUUUAUAACAUUGGUGGUAUUGUGUUAUUGUUCUUAGCUGUAUUUUAAGACCUUUAACAUACUUCUCUUAGAUGAUUUCAAAAACAGAUCCUUUAAACUAAUAGAAACAAAAUUAAAACAAACACUUUUCAGAAGGUAUUAGCCCUCUGUGGCAGGUUUGUGAAUUGUGUAGUCUAAGAAGACUAAUGGAGGAAAUUUGGAUGUAUUAAUUCAUUUUUAUGUAUUUAUGUCUUUCCUCAUUCCGAAAAUGAUAUAAGAUGCCUAAAAACAACAAUGUGAUUUUUAAAAAUGAAAAAUAACUCAAUGAGGAAAUGCAGGCAAAUAAAAGAAAGAAAGGAUAGACUGGCGAUUAGUACAAAAGCUACUGGCCAUGUGGUUUAGUACAUGUGUUGUUUUGUCUAUGAUUCAGAAUUAAUUUUCAGUGAAACAUUUGUCCAAAUGGCUAUGGGCCAACAGAGAUUUUACUUUUCAAAGGCUGAGAAGAAAUAAAGCGGUACUGUCCUGUUUCCCCUGGAAAGUACUUCUUGGACCCCACCAGGAUGGUAGGUCGCCCCAUCUGUUGGGCUGAAGUUCCCGCAUUUGACAGCCUAUACAGCCACAGUUUAAUAACUGGUGAAACUCUGACAGAGGAAAAAGGGUAUUCUAGGUAGAAUGAAAGCUAGACUUUCUUCUCUAUCAUUCUGUAUACCCUGCAUAUGGUCAUGACAGACAAUGCCUGCCAGAAAAGCUUCACAAGCCUCCCAAGGCAAAAACGUAUCAGAAGAAAAUAGCCUCAGCAAUAAUGUAAAUAGCAGCUUUUAUUGCAGAUAGGAACACUUGAAUCUACAGAGAGGAUUUCCAAGGUCAUGACUGUGUAGCUUUUCUCCCGCUCUAAUUUUUACCCAGGGAUCAUCUAUGUCAAGAAUGACAAAUAGAUUUUCAUAUUGAGUUACAACUUAGCUCAACUAUUAAUUGGUAGUUGAUAGCUAACGCUGUACAUUGAGCUAGAUUCUGUGCCUGAAUCUGGCCCCAGUGGGAAAGACUAAUGUGAUCAAUUAAUGAUACUGGCCAAGAGAGUGGGAAUAAGAGUGGUGGCAAGUGCAUUGAGCAUAUCUGGUUUCAAGAGUUUUCUGUUUCUUUUAAAUUCUGAUUAUACCCCAGAGUUGUGGGAAAUUGACCUUAUGGUACCUAUAUUUCUUUCCUAAGACCUUUUAGAAAGGGUAAUGAGGAGUCAAGUAUUUUCUCGAUGCGAUGUAAGGAAAGACUGAUAUCUUUCCCGCAUUCCGUGAUUGCUUCCAUGUGUAUCUGUUGUGAAAAAAGUACCAAUAUGAACAACAGCAUAUUCCAUAUAUUGAAGAUAAUUCUCCAGUUUAAACAGAAUUGAUCUGGAUUGCAGAUAAAGAGCAAUAAAAGGGAUCCAUAUCCAGGAUUAUGCAUUUUCUGUCAUUACAUUACAGAUCUUUCCAUUAUAUUAAUUUGCUAUUAAGCCAGAAAUAGGCAGUUAUGACAAUCUUCUGCUUCUUGUGUGUAGGUGUCUUCCAAUUUUAGACUCUUCCUAUUAUGGAUGGUAGAAUGAUUUCAAGUCCAACAUAAGUCAUGUUUGUCUUCUGAUUCUGGAGGUAUUACUUAAUCCUCUAGGAAUAUGAAAAGUAUUGUGGACAUUAUCAUGAUUGAAAGGGUAAACACAGAUGUGUGUUGCCAGUGAAUUUUUGAGCAUGAAUAGUGUGAGAAUAUCAUCAAUGGAAUUUCAAGAACUUAAAAUGCUGUGGGAAACUGGCUUUCAAAAAGUUACACAACAUCUGACAUGCAAUUAUCCUUCCACUAAUCAUUUCACUAAGAGUCAGUAGUGUUGAUAAGGCUAGUUGGUUGCUUAAAAGCAUUUAGAGAAGAACAUUUAAAACUAUAAUGAAAUUGUAACUGUAGACUGAAAUUUGUAGUUGAGGAUAAUGAUAGAAUUCUGGGAGUUACCACGAAUUUUCAUAUAUAAAUGUGUACGGCGUGUUGAUCCAUGAGUGGAGUCAUGUCUGAUGGUGCGAAAGAUCAUAAAACUUGCUUAGAGAGCUAAGGGUUCCCAGAAUUGGAAAGGUGAAUUUCUUUUAAAGAUGUUGAAUGUAUUUACAUUUUUACUAUUGAAAUAGAAAUCUGUUUGGUAGGAAGAGAGCAGGUGUCUCCGAAGAGAUAUCACAGUGGGAAAUGUUUAUGGAAUUUCCAUACUUGGUUUCUACCCAACAGUACAUAUUUCAUAACAUUUCAGCUAAAUUAGCACAUUCAUUUUUUGUGUUAUAUGGGGGUGGGAAAGAACUAACCUUUUUAGUUUUUUGAAAAUUAAUCAUACAUUUUUCGCUUUCAUUUUCUUUUGAACUAAAAAAUAAAAGUUGCAAAUAUGAACUUCCACCUUGGAAAGAUUAAAAAUCCAUUCAGGCAUGAAGAAAAUCAAUAUCAAGCCAAGAGAAAAAGGAAAUAAGAAGGCUACAUUCUGAAGGUUUGAAAUGUAACUCCUGCGCACAAUGAGUUCCAUCUUUUCAAUGUUAUCCCUGGCAGCUGCUGAUCCCUACAAAGGACGAAUGUGCUUUCAGAGAAUCUCAUAGUCAUCAGUGAUACCUCUAAGGCGGGUAUUUAGAAGAUGAGAAAGCUUGACAUGGUACUUGAGAAAAGCUACCUGACCAGGAAUAUGCAGUAGGUUAUAUGAAUAGGAAGUAAAUUUUUAUUGUACGAAGACAAUGAGUUUCGAAUUGGUUAGUUUCAGCUGCUAGCUUCAUUUUAAAUAACAUGAACUAUUCUUAUAAUCUCUAGAAAUUUCUCCAAAGUUUCUCAAAAUAAUAAGAAAUUAAGUAAAACAAUGUUCUUGCUAGGUAAAGCCAGCCUUCAGGCAAGUGUUCUAAACCUCAAAUCCCUCCUCUAGAGAAAUUAUAGAAGAGCCUCCAAUUCUUCCAUCUCUCACAUACUUACUUCUGCUAAAGGGUUCACAGGAAAGAAUACACCCACUACAAAGGGGCCAUAUAGAAUGAAUUACCUAGCAAAUAGGACCUGGAGAUAUUGUAACAUAAUAAGAAACAAAUAUGUGGAUUCUGCCCCAUAUUCCUGGCACACAGAGCUCCUAAAACUCUUGUAUAUAGGGGUGGUAGGAUAAUUUUUGUUCUAAUAUUUAGUCUUUGACUCAGGUUUCUGACACAGAGUUCCUAAGACCUUUGUAAUUUUCUGACUGAUAGGAGCAUCUGACACAGAGCUCCUAUAUUCCUUGGAAUUUCCUGGGUGAGGAGUCUCUUUUGUUUUCUGGUUGCCAAGGAACCAACAAUAUGAUUAGAAUAUUGAAAACUUCAGCUCCUGUCCCCCAAUCCCUGGACCUCAGAGGAGAAGACAGGGGCCGAAGGUUGAGUUGAUCACUAAUUCCAAUGAUUGAAUGAAUCAUAUCUAUGUAAUUAUGCCUCCAUAAAAUCCCAAAAUGACUGAUUUCAAAGAACUUCUCAGUUAGUGAACAUAACUGCAUGCCAGGAGGCUGACCCACUCUAGCUCAACCGGGAUGAAAAAUCCUACACUCAAGGCUCGUCCAGACCUUACCAUAUGUAUCUCUUCAUCUAGCUGUUCAUCUGAUUCUUCAUUAUAUCCUUUAUUAAUAAACUGGUAAACAUAAAGUGUUUCUCUGAGUUCUAUGAGACACCAUAGCAAAUUAAUCGAACUCAAAGGAAGGGGCCAUGGGACUCUACUCUAUAGCCAGUUGGUCAGUAGCACAGGUCACAACCUGGGGCAUACAAUUGGCAUCUUAAGUUUGGGCAGUUUUGUGGGACUGAGACCUCAACCUGUGGGAUUUGAUGCAAACUCCAGGUAGCUGUGUCAGUACUGAAUUAAACUGGAGGACACCAGCUGGUAUCCAUUGCAGAAGUGCUUGGUGCAUGAGAGACACUUCACAGGCCCCUGGUCACAGAAGUGUCAAUUAGGUGUGCGAGUAGAAAACACAGUAUGGUUUUUCUAUUCCUAUUAUAUUCCCAGCUCAAUUCCAGGUACGGCUUCUAGUUUUUUAACAAGCAAACAAACCAGUGAGCACCUUAACACUGACAGCUACCUUAGGAAAACUUAACGGACCUACAGGUCUAAGAAAGUCAAGAUGCUUUAUCUAAGCUAACAGGUUAUAUAGUAAGGUUCCUGGAUAUUUUGUUUAUUUGCUUAUUUGCCGUUUUUUGCAUGGAGUAUCAAAGCAAUAAAAAAUUUUCUGCCAGGCUAAUAGUGUGGCUGGAACAUGAAGUUUAUAGAAGCAAGAAAAGCAAUGAUUUAUGUUCGAAAUGCAAAGGGUGAUCACGUGACCUAAGACCGGCAGAAUCAAAAGUCGAAACUGCUGUUAGUCAUCUGGAAGUUUGCAAAUAUACAGGCAUUUGGCAAAUAUUCUGAACAACCAUAUGGAAAUGCAAAUUUGUCAACUAAGUGAAGAUUUUCCGCAGUCAUUGAAGGCAAAAUAUUAAAAUGCAACUGUGAAUCUAGACUAAGAGGUUAAAAAAAAAAAGAAAAUCAGGCGGAGUCCUAAACCAAUUAAGGCUGCGCUGGUUCCUGCUCUGGCAUUGGCAUUCCAUAUGAAUUUUGCUAAAACACCUGCAAGUAUUAGAAUUUGUUGUCAACAACUGUGGAUAGGUCACAUUUUAUUUAAAUCUAAGAUACUUUUAAUUGCUCUGGGCCUGAAUUAUUGAUAAGAUCCAUUGAAAGAAAAGAUAGAAUCCUUGAAGUUAUAUUCUUUUUAUUUUAUGAGAUUCCUAGAUAAGAAUCUUAGGAUAAUUAUGGUGGGGGGAAUUGGCAGUUUAGCUUAACUGGGUGAUAGCCUUUGUAUCACAUAAAUAACCGUGGCAAUAAGUAGUUAGCACAUAUCAACCAUUGGUCUUAGGUGCCAUGCAGAAUUUUUUUUGAAGAAAGAAAACACAUCCCAUAUUUUUGAAAAAGCUAACAAUCCUGUUUUGUUUUGCGAAGCAAAUGCCUUAAGGAUUGAUAUAAAGCAAAAUAUUAAAAUGUAAGUAUUACAGGGAUGCUAAAGAAGACUGGCAUUAAUGGGCAAUAUUAACUCCAAAGAGCUGAAUAUCUGAGGUUGAUCUUAAGAGUAUGAUGGAUAUAAAUUAGGGAAGGGUAGGGAGAUAGAGUUUCAGACUACAGCAGGAUAAGAAGAGGGAAGAAACACUAGUGGAAAUUUACAUUUACAGGCUUUUUCCUUUAGGUGAGAGUUUAAUUUACGUCGAGAAUGCAGCAUCUAGGAAUUGUGCAUUUUGUGCCUCUUUCAGCAGAUUUUUUAGUUCAUAAUUUUCCUCUGGCCCUGGUUGUAAGAUAUUUAUGCUUGACUGUGCUCAUUGUUUUUUGUGAACUUAUAAAAAUUGCUUUUUUAUUAGUCUAUAAAAGCCAUGUUUGGAGACAGCCUAAAAUAAAAAUUAAUGCAACUUAUCACCCUACAGCAUGGAACAAGUGCCUGUUUCAGUCUCUUAUUUAAGCACCGCAGAUGCGUUGAAACCUAAUAAAAACUGUUCCCUGGCCCAUCAACCCUAACCAAAGAGUAAGAAGCUAAAAAUCUGUGAACUGCCUACAACCAAAGGGAAAUCUUGUGAGAGCUGCAUUGUUAAAACUCUGAGAACAGAGUUUUAACAAUGUUAUGUCUAAGGCACGAAGCCUGGGCUUUGUUACGAAGCAAAUGUUUAUCACUUAGUAAAUACUCUUCCUCCUUGAUCACCUUGACUUUUUAAAACUAUUUGUCCUUUUCAUUGUGAUAUGACUCUCUUUGGCUUUGAAAUAUAUUUUACUGGACAGAAAAGGAACCUGCAUUCUUUAUGGUCCUGAAAUAAUAAUUGCAAGUAGUAAGACAUAUGAAAUAUGCUAAUUUAAGGCAUGUUAAGUAUCUCCCUACGUCCACGAGGGUGAGGGUAACGGGAAAAACAUAAAAAUGAGCCAGUUUGGAAAAUCGUAACAAUAACAGCAACAAUAAUGUUAAUGAUUAUUAUAUUACAAGCACACACACAGCAUACAGCCCUGUGGAUGUGACUGCUUCCCAGCAGAUAGCUUGGGCCUCCCAGUUAGUUCACUUCUGAAUGUGUCCAGGGAUGCUGUGCAGAUGGCCAGUACUUGCAGUGUGAGCCAGCUCACUGGUAUACAGAAAGCCAGAGUUAGAGAGGAGAGAGCAAAAUAGAAGGUGUGUGUCCUAGACUUUCCCAUCCAGCCUUCUCAUGAGAUAGGCCAACAGUCUUCGACAGGUGAUGCUUCCUUCAGUAGCCCCACCUCCCUUGGCUCAUGCCCCAACCUGGCUUGGGAGUCUUCAUGGGAACAGCAUGCCCUUGUCUUCAUCAAAAGCAGCCCUGCAGGGAAGAGGCUCAGAAAGAACUGGUAGGAAAACAACCUUCUAAUACUUUUUCCUCAGGUGUUCUCCAGAUACAUUCUCAAGGACAUAUUCAUCUGUGAACGUGGAUUUUUAUUCCUCUGCCUCGUUCUGUUAGAACUGUAAAAACCAAACUCUCUAUCUAGUUAGUCUUUAGGAAAAGUAUGCUGGCUCUCUCAAAUGUGAUAAGAAGCCAGUUAAAAUGAUCUGGGUGUUAAGGCAGUCACAGUGGAAGAAUUCUAGCUAAAUAGACACCAUCUGUACCCCCAGAGCAAGCGCAUCACAUCCAGCUCCUGACCCGAUUAUCUCUGAGCUAUUGGCUCCUGUGGCUCGGUCCACAAGUCCAUGCCUGGGGUUCCCAGGACACAGACCAACUGGUUGUGUAAUGAAGACUUUAUGAGAAACUUUGUUUUCUCUUUUCCUAAGGGCCUGAAAUCAGCAAGCCAAAAAGCAUUUUAUCCUAAUAUAGAAAAGAAUUAGACAGCAGAUGCUACUUCACAGCAGCCUGUGUGCUGGGGAUAGAAAAAAAAAAAUGGCGUAGCCUUCUCUCUGGCAAGACUUAGGACUGAAUCAUCAUGGGAGUGUUUGUGGUAAAAUGACAUUUUUCCUUUAGAUAGUGGAAUUAUUAUCCUGGUCUAUAGACAGCUAGUCCAGAGUGACUUUGAUGAAACACACAUAAAGAGUGUGUCUUUGGCUCCAAGGGAACAAAAUAUCCAAGAAUAUCAGUCAUGGGAGGAGAGCAGAUAGGAGACCCUGGAAAAAAAAUUGGCUGAGAUCAAGAAGGGAAGAGAGCCAGCAAAGUAAUGAAGAGGAUUUGUUUUGUUUUUGAACUAAGGAUGGGGAUUCGGUCAUGUCUUCAUAAUCCUGUGAACAAGAAAGGUCACCUCAAAGAACAAUGUUCCCAGUGGCCUCCAUGAAGCAAGCUACAAAAUCAAUUCUAUAUCAUCUAACCAAAGACCACCACUAAGGGCUAGGAUGCUUUCUUAGGACUGAUGAGUGAACAUGCAAUUUUAUCUAUAUGACCUCAUUUCCCAGAGACUUAUUCAGAUCAGGAAGGGAAAGGAGAAAAGAGAGUUACUGAAGAAGUUCCCCAAAUACUGGACAAUACUGGAUUUUUCUCAUGUCUUCCUUUUUUGUUGCCAUUGUUGACAGGGUCUCGCUGUUGCGCAGGCUGGAGUGCAGUGGCACAAUCUCAGCUCGCUGCAACCUCUGCCUUCAUGGUUCCAGUGAUUCUCGUGCCUCAGCUUCCUGAGUAGCUGGGACUACAGGCGCCUAACACCACACCUGGCUAGUUUUUGUAUUUUUUGGUAGAGACGGGGUUUCACCAUGUUGAUCGGGCUGGUCUCAAACUCCUGGACUCAAACGAUCUCCUGUCUUGGCCUCCCAAAGUAGGGACUACAGGUAUUAGCCACCAUGCCUGGUGAUUUUUUUGCAUUUCUAAUGUGUUCGGUUUUCAUCUACACCUGGCAGUUGCAUGAAAAUCUACCUUGACUCCUUGCCACUAGUGUCUUCUCUCAUUUAAUCAAGUCUUCCAGUUGGCCUUUGUUUUAUCUUUCUAAGUGAUUAAAUUUCCCUCUGUAGUUCCUUCCCUUUGCUAGUUCCUCAUGAACUAUCAAAGUCCAGCUUCUUCAACCUGAAUAUCAUCUAUAAAAUAUGGAUACUCCCUGCCGCCUCCAAUCCUACCUCCCAACAGUCCUCUGAUCCAAUAUGACUUUCUUCUCACUAUUCCUGGAAGAUAUCUCCUCUUGCAUUUCUGUAUUCAGUUGAUUAUGUUGUUCUCAUCAAAAAAUGGGCACCUCCUUAUAUACAUCUGCUUAUCCAAAUCUGUCCACUCCCCAAGCCCCUCCUUCAAGAUCAUCUUCAGUGCUCCUCCAGAUGUGUCUUGUGUAUCUCUGAAUUUCUAUAGCAUCUAAUGCUUAUACUUUUGUAAUUUUAGCACUCCAUUUAGGCUUAUUCAGAUUUUUUCAAACAUUAUUAUGUAUUUGUAUAGAAUGUCUUUUCCAUUGAAAGAAAAAUCUCCUCUAUACCAUGGACUAUGUCACAGACAUUUUAAUAUCCCUCAUAAUAGUUCAAACAGUUUAAUAUAAACAUUCAAAAUCUUUUUGUUCCCAAAUCAGUCUACACGUAGCCUUUAAACCUCAUUGCCAGCCUUUGAGAAUGGGAAAAUAAGCCCAAAUGAGGCAAUUUACUGGAAGGUCUUUUAAAGUCAUUGUGCUUUUGUCUCCUCUUUCCCCAUUAGGUUGAGAUGAGAGUAACCUUUGGGCUAAUGAAGACAUAGAUGACAUCAGGCCCAAACACUCUCUGAGCAAGUAGCUGAUCCUCAGAGGUGAUUGAGGUCACACAACUAUAAGAUAUAAGCAGGAACUUAAAAAUCACAUGUCCAGACUCAUCACUUGGUCUAUUUUUUUCUCCUUUUGUUAUACUGUUUCCUAUCCUAGCUUUUCUAUGGCUGGUGGGCCAAUGAAUAUUAGUUAAUUCAAUUUUAGAAAAAACUAAAGAAAUGAAAGCAGUAAGGGAGGGAAAACAAAAUGUGGGUUGGUGUGAAGAGGCUCUUAGCUUUUCAGUUAGGUUUCAAUGCUUCAGGAAUCUAGGGAAUGGCUCUCAAUUAUGGCUGUGCUUUUGCUCACUUUGAUUGUUUUGCUAUUUUCUUUUUAACAUUUCAGAAGUUGCUUUGGAUCGAAUCAACCAUAUUGCUUAUACCACUAAUUAUGAUCCAUUGUCAAAAAAAGAGCCACAGAUGCCCUCCAUACUGCUGGACUGCUGUUUCUUUGUUGUGGAUAAUUCUACCUGAGGCAAGCUUCACUUCUUUUGGGCACUUGGAAUCGCUGGACAUUUCAGAUCGAGGAUCAGAAGAAGUAAGCAUGUUUAUUUACUCCACAGCCCAGGUGUCAACCUCAGGCGGUUCCCAAGCAAUAAGCUCAAUUUCAGUCAAAAGUCCCCGAAUUCAAGUGGCCCUGUUGUCAGUGGAGCUCUUCUGUUGUCAGAAGGGAGAGAGAGUAGGCAAAAAGAUGCUUCUUUCCAGCAUGAAUUCAAGUUACCCCUGCAAGCUGACCCUUCUUAAUGGCACAUUUGCCCCCAAACACAUAGUUCCCUCUUCUCUGUCCAAGUUUACAAUGCUUAUGACACACAUUCCCGAUACUAUGGCUCUACCCCAGAGAUUUAAGAUUGCUAGAAGCUGGGACAAGAGAAUGCCCGUUAACCGAUGCCAAUGCUUUUCUUUCCCGAUAUUUUCCCUUCCUGUGAUAACAACCAUCAUCAUUCUUUUUUUAGGAGACAGAAACCCAUGCACAGAAACUCGUGUGCUGUUAUCCGCAAGAGACAUUUCCGAAGGCAGAGGCAGUGGUCGCCUGAAGAGGUUCUGUGCUGCGCUGUAUUCUCAACGAAAUCUGGUGGAUGUAACGAGGCAGAACCAUGUAUCACAAUCACGGCUUCAGCCAAGGCUGGAAUACUGGCGGAAGAACCCGAAUGCUCCAGAUAAACGAAAGGCUAACAGAUAGUAAUGGCCGGCAUUUAUUGAACACUGAGAAUCAGACAUUGCAUGUACUAUCUCAUGUAAUCUCCAUUAGUUUUAUGUGGUGGCUACUAUUAUAAUUUAAAUUAUAAAGAUGAAGUUCAGAUACACUGGAUACCUGCAGUUAUCUAAGCAGCAAGCUUAAAAUUCAUACUCCAGUCCCUACUGACAAAAUAAUAGGUUCCUAAUUACUUCUCUGCCCUGCUUAUGAAUAUUUUGGGAGAAAUCAUGCACUUUUCAUUUGAGGCAGACAAGUCUCAGGCAAUCAGAAGGUAAGAUGUAUCACUCAGAGCAGUAAGUUGCUGUAGUCUUUUGAACAGGGAAUCAUAUAUUGUUUGGCAAAUAUGUCUAGAUAAUCUGCAAUUUGAGAGAUUUUUGCUUCUUUCUGUGAUCUGCUUCUAGGCCUGAAAUUUCUUACACAUGGAGAGAGGAGGAGAGUGUGUGGCAGCUGAGACUCCCUGGAAAGACAGCAGAAAUCUGUGUCUGUCAGAGGACCUGCAAGCCUCCCUUUAUUAUAACUGGUACCCCAGGCAGUUCACCCAUUGCCCCACCCAGCUGCAACCAGUCAGGAACAGAGUUAAUACUCCUAGAAAGAAAACAUGUCAAGGUUCACUUGCUGCAUUCGCCAUUCUAACAGGCAAUCACAAACACCCACAAACAUCAAUGUCAUCCAUGAAGAUGAGACAUGACAGAAAUUAAAAGCACGGGCUGGGCACAGUGGCUCACACCUGUAAUCCCAGCACUUUGGGAGGCCGAGGCAGGCAGAUCAUGAGGUGAAGAGAUUGAGACCAUCCUGGCCAACAUGGUGAAACCCCGUGUCAACUAAAACCACAAAAACUAGCUGGGCAUGGUGGUGCAUGCCUGUAGUCCCAGCUACUCGGGAGGCUGAGGCAGGAGAAACGUUUCAACCCUGGAAGUGGAAGUUGCAGUGACCUGAGAUCGUGCCACUGCACUCCAGCCUGGUGACAGAGUGAGAUACCAUCUCAUAAAAAAAUAAAACCACAAAUAUAUACAGACUUAAACAUCCUGAAAAAACAAUGAUAUACAGAGAAACCAUGCAAUCCUACAGUUCUGAAAACCAGACCAGAUGCAGCCAACUGGUGAUACUGAAGCAAUGCAUACUUUCAUUAAGCACGACUCUAAUGUCCUAACUUUUUCAUCAACUGAAGAGAAUCUAAUAAGACCAUCUACAGAAAAAGGCAUAAAAAGGAAAAGUAGUGACUACAUUACUGGAUUACUUCUGCCAUACAGUUUUUGAGACCCAGACUUGUGGUCCAAACUUAUACUGAAAAUUACACCUGGCAAAAGAAGAGUUUGCAUUUUCUGAUUUUCUGACUUGUGAAGCAGUGCAAAAAUCCACAAAAUAAUUUGGUUCCAUUUUUCAUUGUUCGUGUCUACACUGACUCACUGAAGUGGUGGAAGGUAGAGAAUCAAGAUUCAUCUUUCAGUACACAAAAUGGAACUCAAAGAAAAGUAUUUUUUCAAGGCUCACAUUGUUACACAUGUAAUAAUACACGUGAGAUAACAAAAUGCUCUAGGAAUUCAUAUGGUAUGAGCUCAGAACACUGGUUAUACAGUUUUAGUAUGUGUAUAAUUUGUUACUUCUAUCUCUGUCUUCAGACUGGGCCCAGGAGUGAUUGCUCAUUACUGUAUAGCUCGUAGUGAGCUCAAUGUUGUAAUAAACCCACAUGGAUGAAA